GCCAUUUCCGGCUCCCAGCUGGUCUGGGGCGGGGACGCAGUGGUGGGGCGUACUGUGAGGUCUCUGGCUCAUCAGCUGCGAACCGUGAGCUAGCUGUCUGCGCAAGGGCUGCCGGGCCCGGGCUCCGACUGUAGCUGUGUCAGCGUGUUAUGAUGCCGUCUCGUACCAACCUGGCUACUGGAAUCCCCAGUAGUAAAGUGAAAUACUCAAGGCUCUCCAGUACAGACGAUGGCUACAUUGACCUUCAGUUUAAGAAAAGCCCUCCUAAGAUUCCAUAUAAGGCCAUUGCUCUUGCUACGGUGCUGUUUUUGAUUGGCGCCUUCCUCAUUAUCAUAGGCUCCCUCCUGCUGGCAGGCUAUAUCAGCAAAGGGUAUUUCGUCUAUUUCAUCUUGAAGAGCUCUGUCCAGAGCCUGCUGCCCUGUUCUCCACCUGCUCAUGCUACUUCACAGCAGCUCCACAUCUGACUCACAGGAAAAGCCUGCAUCCCUGCAAUGCGAUGGGGCCCAACACGGUCUCCCCCUCACCUCCCUGUCAUCGGCUGCUCUACCUCUUGUUCACUCUGCUUCAGCCACACCAGCCUUCUCAGUGCUCCUUGACUUCUCUGAGCCUGCUCCCAACUUAGAGCCUUGGGUUUAGCGGUUCCUUCUGCCUAGAAUGCAGAAAAAAGUAACAGUGAGUUAGAAAGUGACAAUUGCUACGGAAGAAGAGUUGAGCAGAAGGGAGAUGAGGAAUGCUGAUGCUAGGGAUGGAUGUGAUGGAAAUGUGAGUAGGCUGCAGUAUUAAACAGAGAGGCCAGGGAAGGUCUUACUGAGAAUAUGCAAUUUGAGCAAAAUCUUGAAGGAACCAGCUCCAUGUUAAAAUCUCUCUGGACACAGCCAAGACUGUGGUAGUAUUUCUGGUCACCAGGGUUCAGCCCAGGGUUUUCCUACUACCUGGCCAAUUUUCAGGCUUUGAAAAUUAAUAACUUAAUUUAUUUAAAUGUGGAAUUAUAUUAAAUAAAAGAGUAAAGACCUCCUUUAUAAACAGUAUGCCCUUGUAUUCUUCCAAAAAAAUUCAAAUAUAAAACUAUAUACAGAUACUUUUUAAACUCUUUUCAUUGUGAAAUAUAAUACAUAUACAGAAAAGUGGGGUGGGAGAGAGAUGCAAGAGGGAGGCCAUAUGGGGAUAUAUGUAUAUGUAUAUCUGAUUAACUUUGUUAUACAGCAGAAACUUAAUACACCACUGUAAAGCAAUUAUACUCCAAUAAAGAUGUUAAAAAAUAAUGAUAAUUAAAUUAAAUUUUAAAAAAGAAAAG